GCCAUGAGGAGGAUCUAGGCGCUGUAUAUCUGUGCUGCUACUUGGGUCUAUGUGGUCUAUGAUCUAUGUGGUGAGUCUAUGUGGUGCAGCCAUCAUCAGCCAGCAGCCAGCAGCCAGCAGCCAUCGCGUCUCCUCGCUGCAGAAAAGCAGACUCGCUGUUGACAAAUCCGCGUCUUCUCUUGCAUUUCAACGCCAACAUUUUCUUUGUUUAGCAGCGAAGUUUUUGUCGCCGCUUCCAGCUGACAAGACUCAACUGCCAGCGGACAUUUUGUCAUUUUUCACAAAUUACACCAACCUUUUUUAUUUGGUAUUUAUUUUACUCCUCUUGCAACUUACUCCUCCUAUUUAGCCAAAGGAACCACAACUGAAAUAAUUAAGUUCAACUCGGCAAUGACUAGCAGCUAGUUAGCUCGCUAGCUAACCUUUGAAUGAUUUUUGAUUGACAGCUAAUGAAGACUUGGCUCGCUGGACGUUGUCUGCCUAAAACCUCGCUCUUUUCUUUCUCAUUUUGCUCUCUACUUGCCGUCAAAUUGCUUAUUUCGUAAAAAAAUAACAUAUUUUUUUAAGGUUUUGUUGUGCUGCUGUUAGCUUGUCCUGCUAACGCUGGACAGAUCCACUGUGGACGAAGGACCAGGACACUGCUUGGUAGAACCACUCAGGACCAGGACACUGCUUGGUAGGACCAGGACACUGCUUGGUAGAACCACUCAGGACCAGGACACUGCUUGGUAGGACCAGGACACUGCUUGGUAGAACCACUCAGGACCAGGACACUGCUUGGUAGGACCAGGACACUGCUUGGUAGAGCCACUUAGGACCAGGACACUGCUUGAUAGAGCCAGUUGGAACCAGGAUACUGCUUGGUAGAACCACUCAGGACCAGGACACUGCUUGGUAGAACCACUCAGGACCAGGACACUGCUUGGUAGAGCCACUCAGGACCAGGACACUGCUUGGUAGAACCACUCAGGACCAGGACACUGCUUGGUAGGACCAGGACACUGCUUGGUAGAGCCACUUAGGACCAGGACACUGCUUGAUAGAGCCAGUUGGAACCAGGACACUGCUUGGUAGAGCCAGUUGGAACCAGGACACUGCUUGGUAGAGCCAGUUGGAACCAGGACACUGCUUGGUAGAGCCACUUAGGACCAGGACACUGCUUGGUAGAGCCACUUAGGACCAGGACACUGCUUGGUAGAGCCAGUGGGGACCAGGACACUGCUUGGUAGAGCCAGUGGGGACAAGGCGUGCAAGGACCAAGGGACUGACAUGAUGUUUCCACAAUCAAGACACUCAGCUUCAUCGCAGCAGCUGAAAUUCACCACGUCUGACUCGUGUGACAGGAUCAAGGACGAGUUCCAAUUCCUCCAAGCGCAGUACCACAGCCUCAAGCUGGAGUGUGACAAGUUGGCCAGUGAGAAGUCUGAGAUGCAGCGUCAUUACAUCAUGUACUAUGAGAUGUCCUACGGGCUCAACAUUGAGAUGCACAAACAGGCUGAGAUCGUGAAGAGAUUAAACGGGAUCUGCGCACAAGUCCUCCCUUACCUGUCUCAGGAGCAUCAGCAGCAGGUCCUGGCGGCCAUUGAGAGGGCCAAGCAGGUCACCCCCCCAGAGAUGAACUCCAUCAUAAGGCAGCUCCAGGCCCACCAGCUGUCCCAGCUCCAGGGUCUGGCCCUCCCCAUGACCCCGCUGCCUCUGGGCCUGAGCCAGCCCGGCGUCACCACCUCCUCCGGCCUCUUCUCCCUCUCCUCCCUGCUGGCCUCACAAGCACAGCUGGCCAAGGAGGAGAAGGCGUCGCGUGACGGCGCCGACAGCCACCGCGAGGAGGACGGAGACAAGUCCGACUAGCGCCUCCUUCUCAAACUCCCACAUUCUCACCGGACUUGAACCCGCCUCUUCCUUCCUCCUUUUUGAUACUCACUCUUUUCUCUCCUUUCAAGAUGAAGCUUCAUGUUCUCUCCUCCUCCUCCUCCUCCCACAGCAAGCAAGUAGGAAACAUCACCAAACACUCUCAGCUCCUACAAAGUCAUCAAGUCCACAUCUCUGGCAUGGAAACAGCAGUUCAGAACAUUCAGUCUUUAUUCUUUUUUCUCAACAUUACACACUUUUAGCAAACCUUUACUUCCGGUUAUUAAUGAUAAUCGCCACUUUGCAUCAUAAAAACGAGGGCUGCUCUGAUAUUGAUGUACAUCAGUCAGAUAUGGACAAUGUAUCGGCUUAUAUGGGCUCGCAUCUAAAUGUCCCAUACAAGAAAUCUUGCAGCGUUUUAACGUGUGCAAAGUUAAUAUCUAAAUGUCCUCCAAUAAAAGGUAAACAUGCUAGGCUAUAGGCUACUUGGAGCUAGCAGCUACACAACAGCUAAGCACACAAACUCGACCAGAGGUAACCAAACUAGGUCAUGAGUUUGAUUGGGAAUCUGGUUCGUGGAGUGACUUCAAAUUAAUUUUUUAUUUAUUUUAAUCUACCGCCAUCUUGUGGACAGCGUGGUGAAAUCAUGUCAAUGACCCGGAUUUGUGAUUUGAAAACCAUUCAGCACAGCAAUUACUUAUAUGACCAAACUCCAGACAACCUUCCCUAGUCAUGGCACAAACAUUUUUAUUAAAAAAAAAACGUCCAAGCACCAUAGAAAAUUCAAAAUCACACCCAUUUUAAAUCCAUUGCACUGCAUGAUGGGGAAAAGGCAAAACACUCACAAAAUACUGUCCACACUUAUCCAUGUUUGGCGCAUAGCUGCUUGAUAUUUCUGAUUGAUUACUAUUCUUUAAGGAGGUUGUCACGGACGUAAACAAAGUAAGAGUCCAACUUUCACAUACUCUUGAUAUCCAAUUAUAUUAUUUAUUAAUUAUACCCAUUAUAUUAAUAUAACUUGUAUGUACGGAUAUAUACAUAUGUGUAUGUG